CCGAGCACUUGUCUCAUGCACCCAACCUGGGCUGGAACACACACAUAUUAAACACAAAGUGUGUGAGCCCAGGAGUUUUGCACUCAGGCCUAAAAACCACUGGUCUCUCCUUAGCUUGCUUUCUUGGGAAGUGCUCAAGGACUUCUAGAAUCAGAGACACCUGCUCCUGGUCUCCUGGCUUCACUCAUCCUAGCGCUGCAGUGUCACAUCUUGAAAGAGUUGAUUCACUCCGCCUCUGGUCUCUGAGGUCCCAAAGUAAACCACCCCCUCCACCUGCCCAGUUUUUGCAGAAAGUGAGAGCAGAACCUGUUUCAGCCUCUUCAACAAACAGUCAUCGAACCCUUUGUAUGUGGAGCAGAGAUAAAUGAAGAGGCGGAUCCAGAGAUGGUCUAAAUUGAGCUUCUGCUCACAGAGGUACUCAUGACAUUGACCUCCUUUCCCAAGAGUAGGGUUCUCAUCUCUUUCUUCCUCAGUAGCGUCCUGCUGAAAUGAUGUCCCUGUGCUGAGUUUGUUCUCUCCUCUCAUGUUUUUCUUCCCCUGGGAGGAAGAUGAUGCUCAUGAAUGAGACUCAGAGCCUGUUUUUCCUUCCUCCCUGGAUUUAUACCACUGCCAGGAUCCAUGCAGCUUCUGUCACCCACACAUUUCCUCCUUAAGGGGUCAGGCUUCCUCUUCCCACAAAGGAUGCUCUCAUUAAAAGCAGGCGCCUCUGCCCCAGAACUGUGGCCUGUCUCUGGGCUGGAGAAGGUAGGGGCGCAGGGGACAAGGUCACUGGCAGCCCAGGGUCAGGCCCGGCAGCCCUGGCCUGGAAAUGAGGGCCUGGGCCUGGAGCUGGUCCUUUGAAGAUGUAUCCUGGAGCUCUCUCCCCUGAUCAAUGACAGAAGACCAGAGUCCCGCGUUAGCCAAAUGACAAGCUUGGCCUCUUUUAUGAGGAAAGGAACUCCUUAUUGGAAACCAAAUUACAAAUUAAUUAGCAGCUUCCUCUGGGAUUGAGUCUAAACAUCAACACCCCUCCACAAUGAUUUGGUAGCAAAAGGCCCCUCACUUCAUGAGUAUAAAAAGGCUCAAGCAGAAUGCGGUUGGCAGACCACAUUGCAAUUCAGGUAGCUGCAGCCUUUGCGACACGCCAUCUGACUGCUCCCCAGCCCCCAUCAAGAGCUGACCCUGAUCCUCCUUUUGGCUCCAGCUGCAUGAGUUGCCGGCCGGAGCGGUGUCUGGGUUACAUCUGCCAGCCUGGGACGUGUGUACCUUCUCUCUCUGUGUCCACCACCUACCACCCAGCCAGCAGCAUCUUCAGCUCCAUGGGUUCCUGCAGUUUGUACUGUGAAAGUGUCUUCAAUAGCAAUGAGAAGGAGACCCUGCAGUUCCUGAACAACCGCCUGGCUGCCUACCUGGAGAGGGUGAGGCAGCUGGAGCAGGAGAAUGUGGAGCUGGAGAGACGACUCCAAGAGGCCUUUGACUUUCAAGAGCCCACCGUAGGUCCUAACUACCUCUGUUGUUUUAAGAUCAUUGAGGAGCUCCAGCAGAAGAUUCUGUACUCAAAGGCAGAGAACGCCAGGAUAGUCGUGCAAAUUGACAACACCAAGCUGGCUGCAGAUGACUUUAGAAGCAAGUAUGAGACGGAGCUGGGUUUGCGACAGCUGGUGGAGGCCGACACCAAUGGCCUGCGCCAGAUCCUGGACGAGCUGACCCUGUGUAAGGCCGACCUGGAGAUGCAGGUGGAGUCCCUGAAGGAGGAGCUGAUGUGUCUCAAGAAGAACCAUGAGGAGGAAGUUGGUGCUCUCCGAUGCCAGCUUGGGGACCGCCUCAACAUUGAGGUUGAUAAUGUGUCCCCAGUGGACUUGAACACGGUGCUGGAAGAGAUGCGAUGUCGGUAUGAGGCUCUGGUGGAGACCAAUCGCAGGGAUGUGGAGGAAUGGUUCACCAGGCAGAUGGAAGAGCUUAACCAGCAGGUGGUCACGAGCUCUGAGCAGCUUCAGAGCUACCAGUCAGAUAUCAUUGAUCUGAGACGAACUGUCAACACGCUGGAGAUUGAGCUGCAGACCCAGCACAGCCUGAGAGACUCCCUGGAGAACACUCUGGCAGAGACGGAGGCCCGUUACGGCUCCCAGCUGGCCCAGAUGCAGGGCCUGGUCAGCAACGUAGAGUCCCAACUGGCGGAGAUCCGCUGUGACCUGGAGCGGCAGAAUCAGGAGUACCGGGUGCUGCUGGACGUGCGGGCCCGGCUGGAGGCGGAGAUCAACACAUACCGGGGACUGCUGGAGAGUGAGGACUGCAAGUUGCCGUGUAACCCAUGCUCCACCCCCUCCCAGCCCCCUUGUGCCCACUCCCCGAGUGUGCCCCGGACCCUCUGCGUGCCCCGCACCGUCUGUGUGCCUUGUGUGCCCUGCCGCCCAGGCUGCCACUGAAAUCCCUCAGCGAUGCUGGAUCCUCAAGGAUGCGAACUCGGCGGCUGGUGCUUCCUGAGGCUGCGCCUGACUGCAGUUCAGCGGCCACCAAAAGAGCAGGGCCAGCCCCUGGGGGCAAGAAAGGCCACUAGCAGUUCCAGGAAGUGAGCCGUCAGCAACUGCGCUCUGAUACUGCAGGGGGCGCCCUGGCUCCCGCCUCUUAGAAAUGGCUGCUCUUAUUUCUACGGGUGAAUGGCUCUCUUCGCGCGUGUUUCUGGCGGUCCGUGCUGCACUUUGGAGCAUUGUUUUUAGUUAACUAGUAAAUAAAGCCUCAUCCAGUGUCCUG